AUGGAUAUAUCAACGUAUGAAGAACGCAAUAAUGGCAUUAUUGGGACUGAUCCUCUCGUUUCAAUGUCUAUCAGAGCAAGACAUCGUAGAAAUGUCCAUGAACAUGAAUUUUCAAGCCUAAGUUCAAGUCCUCACUCUGAUUCUAGUUCAUCAUUUGCUUCUAUUCCUGACGAGAAUCUUUGA